ACAAUAUUUUUAUUUUUUAUGAAAUAAUCUACAUUGAAAUGAAAGGAAAAAUUUCCAGUAAGACUUCGCUUUCGCUUCACAAUCAAAAUUCAUAGAGAAUUAACGCCGGGUUUAGCGAGAUUUUACUGUACAUUGAAAAUUAAAAAAAAUGCGAAAAAUCAUUGAAAUUUACGUAUUAUAUGAGUGAACCAUGAGCAACCAACUAGCAAAUUGAAAAAAGUUCGUUGAAAAUCUAGCGCGCCACUCGUGAGCUUCAGCAAUUUCAUUGUGAUGAAAUCUUUUUGAUUUGAUUUGAUUGUUUAUAAUUGUACUUCAAAUAAAAUUAUGGAUGAACUUCUUGAAACAACUAAAGAAAAUGUUCAACCCUUGCGUCAAGGAAGAAAAAUAGAAGAAUUAAAAGCAACAUUGUCCACUGACAUAAAUGAAAAUAAUAACCGACGUGAAAUGAUUAGACAAAAAUUCGAAAAAGAUAUCAAACAAUCAAGCAAUGAUGAUGAUGAACAUUUCGAAACGUAUGCUAAAUACAUUGAAUGGAUCCAACAAAAUUAUCCGCGUGGAGGCAAAGAAAUAAAAUUCUCGGAGAUAUUAGAGAAAUGUAUCAAAACAUUUUUCAACAAAAAACAAUAUCAAAAUAAUGAGCGGAUGCUAUCAAUUUUUCUUUGUUACACCAACAUCGUCGCCAAUCCACAGGAUGUUUUUAAAGUUUUUUACAAGCAAAAUUUUGCAAAAAAAUUAUCCACUUUUUAUAUUGAAUGGGCCUACCUCUUUGAAAUGCAAAAUAAAUUCAAGCAAGCUAUACAAGUUAUAAAAUUAGGCAUUGAAAAUGAAGCUGAACCAUUGUCCCGUUUGAAGCAAAUAUUGAAUGAUCUUGAAGUUAGAACAAUGCGUUUUGUUAUUUCAAAUCCUGAAGAACCUGUGAGUGAGAGAAAAGCAUUAAAUAAAUUGAAAACAAUAAAAGAUUCAGAAGGCAAAUCGUCAGCGCCUGUAAAAAGAACAUUAAUUGAAGAUAAUAAUGGCAUUAAUAAAAUAUUUUCUGAUAAUAUUCCUAAAAAUGAUAAUGUACCAGUUAAAAUCUAUACAGAAAAUGAAACUGCUUCGCACCCACCAGUUGAUAAUGAUAAUGAAGAAAUGAAUAAAUUUAAUUUCAAUCAAAAAUUAAAAGAAAAUGAGAUGAAAACCCAUCAAUGGAAAGGGAACAAACUCGAUAUUAAAAAAGCACAAACAAAAAAUAUCGAAAAAUUUGAAAUAUUUUGUGAUUCUAACAAUGAUAUUGCUAAAAAUACUCAUUCAGAUGAACCGAAAUUUCCCGUCGCGAUUUUUGGUGAUAAAGAAAAAUUGAAAGGCUGGAUCUUGUACGAUCGAUUCGAUGAAAUAUAUCGCAAUGGAACAGAAUAUUCUCUAGAAGAAAUCAAGUACCAAAAAUGGCUAGAAGACCAAGAAUUGAAAAAACAAAAACCAAAUGCUCCUGUUGUUGAUCUAAAAAAUUCUGAACCAGAAACCGCGAAAUUAUUAUUCAGCGAUACAAAAAAUUUAUCGCAAAUGAUUUCUUCAUUAUUCAAUGGUACAUUGUGCAAAACAAUGAAUCAGACCCAUUUAGAAAGAUCACCAACUACGCAAGAAAAAUUUGAAAUAUUUCAAGAUGAUCAAAAAAAAUUGGGCUCAACCUUUAACGAAAACAAUGAAUUAAAAUCUUGUUCAUCAUCUACGCCUUUUCAAAACAAGACUUUAAAAUUACAACAAAAUCUAGCCAUGCUACCAUUAAAUAAUAAACUUAAUUAUGUUGAUGGAAUUACAGCCAAAUUAAGCCCUAUUGUAGAAUUAAGUCGUGAAGAAUAUAGUAAAUCAUCGUCAUCUUCAUCAUCAUCAUCAUCAUCGUCUGGUACCAUCAUGAGCAGUCUUACCACCAAAAAAGUCCUUCUUUAUGAUAAUAUUGAUCCAUUUGAUUCUUAUAAUCGAAAAAAAAUACUAUCAGCCAUUUCCGAUCCUGUCGAAUUUCGCAUGGGUUAUUAUAAAAAAAAUCAGAUACUUCCUGCGUUUAAUUUAUAUCAAUUUUUUGAAUUUUUUGGCCAAAAUUAUAUUAUUGAUAGUGGGUGUAAAAGUAAUACUAACGAAUUCUAUGUUUUUGAAAGAUUAUCAAAUGAUUUGGAUAUGAUUACGAGCAAUUCAAAACGUUUCAUAAAAUUGUCUCGUUGUCUGGAUUAUUGGGAAUUCUACAUCUAUGAUGAAUUGAAACGACGACUAUUUCAGAAUAAUUGCGGCACAGACAUUGAAAUAUCAGUGUUAUCAUUAGAUCGGAUCAUUUUCUAUAGUAAUGGUUAUAUAGCUUUUUACAACGAUGUCGAUUGGAAUUUUUCCAUCCAAAACUUGAUGAAAACACUUGAUUGUAAGCAAAGCAAAUUUCCUGAAAUAUUCAUAGCACUUGUUGCUUUAGAAUUGAUAUUGAUAAUCAAAAAAUUACAUGAAUGUGGUAUCAUUCAUGCGAAUAUUUCAAUCGAAAAUGUUAUUUUAUCUUCAAUUGACCAAGACGAUAUCAAUGCGUUGCCGAAACAAACAUCUAUUAAACUAAUAGAUUUUUCACAAGCGAUCGAUAUGAAAGUUUUGCCUGAUUAUGUUACAUUCGACAUUAAUACAAUUAAAAAUCAUGAUGAUAAUGAAGUAUUCUGGGAAAUUUUACAACCGAAAUCUUGGAAUUAUCAGAUCGAUUGGAUUGGCUUCUUGAAUUGUAUCCAUAUGAUGGCAUUUGGUUUCCGAUUGAAAAUCAAAAAACAAAACCAGGUCAUAGUAAUGGAAAAUUCUUUUGAUCACAACCUAUCUAUUCUGAAUCCAAUAUUUAAUCAACUUUUAAAUUUGGCUGCCAAUCAGAAACCAAAUCUUGACGUUCAUAUUACGGAAUUGAUCAAUUUCAUCAAAUUAAAUACCAACAAAGUAGAAUGGCAAAAAUUUGAUUUCAACUUUCUCAGUUAAAAACAUUGAUUGUAAAUUGAUUUGUUGUUAUUCUUAAAAUUAAUCAA